AUGUCAUUCGGUCUGCACGUCCUUUCCAAAGGGCGUGUGACCGAGCGACAUGCCGAGCUGCAAACCGUGCGCGACUAUUUCGAGCGCCUACCAGCUGGCAGCGCUUACGGCGACAAACCGGACGACUAUCUAUUUCUAUACCAGUCUCUUUUUGCUUGCAUAAGGCAAGAUGCACAGGUGUGGGAGAAAAAACCCACUCCUGUAGCUGAGAGGAGGCUUGAAGACGCUGGUGGUGUGCUCAGGCUAGUGGUGGAGAAAACAAUCCACCACGUAGACCGCAAAACGUUUAAUGCACUACGGAAUCACAUACUUCAAUCCUCUGUGUACCGGAAAGCGCUCGUCCCCCCGCUAGCGCUUAACUAUGCCAAGAUGCUCGACAUGGCGCUUGCGUACGGCCCUCACCUCGACCAUCUCACACCGAGCGACUGGGUCUCUGCAGUUUUCAGGUGCUUUGAUGUGCUCCUUGGGAGACGGCUUGGGAAUGAGACGCCGUUGGAUGAGGACUUUGGGGAGCCAGACGAGGAAGCGAGUGAUAUGGAACCGUCUGGGAUGGAUACGAUUACCAGUCCCAGCACUUCCGGUAUCACGUCUAGGAAAAGACCAUAUAAGGAAGAUACUUCCUCCUCCCCGGUCGUCACCCGCUCGCGCCGUACUCACCGGCUCAUCCCCAUGACGCUCGUACAACGGGAAUACGCAUCCGUCCUCAAAUGUCUAUUCAGCACCUCUCGCCUACACCUGCUAGACAAGGCGAUCCUCAAAGAACAUCGCGAUCCAGAGCGCGAAGAAGAAGGAUACGAUACUAUGAAGCGACUACAGCGGGCCGUGUUGCGCGCCUUCGUGACUUUCUUUGAGAUCUUCCCCGGGGAGACUUCCGGUACCGAAGACGUCUUAUGCGCGAUGAACAAGGCGCUCGUUGAUCUCGAGAUGAACGCGAUGGAACUGGUGAUCAAGUUCGGAAUCGAUAUCCUGCUUUUGCUGAUGGAUAUUUGGGGGAUCAAAAAUCCGUCGGCGAAGGAACAGCUCAUCAUCACCGCCCGCCUAUUGUUACCAUUCGUUUCACAUCCGUCUGUCAACAGCCUCAUCUCUUAUGAUCUUGUAUCAAGGCUGCGGCGGCGACUAGAAGAGGAAGCGGAUCCCAGGGGCGGCCUUGAACCCCUCACCCUUGAUAGUCUGCGAUUGCAGCUCUCCGACCCCAAAGACUCUGUCAGGGAAGAAGCUCCCUUCUGCAAAACCGCGUUUCGGAACGGUCAUGGCCUCACAAAGGAGCAAGUUGUUACUUGGUCUGCUAUGGAAGUGCAUGCUGAUUGCUUACGCAAAUUGCAUGAAUAUUCCGAGGUGUCCUUUGCCGGAAAGGAUGGAGAGCGCGAGAGCAAGCGCCAGCGAAGAGAGCAUCCUGUCAAGAUGUUCCUGUCUGGGUUCGACUCCGCCCAAGAAUCGGAACACGCCCGCGUAUUCCGAAUACAACUGUUCUUGUUUUUCAUCGAACAGGCAUGGAUCUCGUUGCACGAAGAACUCCAAAUUCAAAUCCACGCGCAAAUGAUGCAACUUGUUUCAGAUCCCCAGGCACUAGUCCGGGCAUGGGCGACUAUAUGCCUUGCAGCUAUUGCUCUCCAGCCUGUCACAGGAGAAGCUCAGCUCGAUUGGUCGACCACGUGGUCCCUUGCCAUCCGUCGAAUAUCCACUACCACUACUUGUCGCUCUGCCUCUCAUCUUCUAUACGCCAUCCUCAAAUCAUCCUUACUCGACCAGCAGCGCAUAUUAACCGAAAUCGGCGACUUUAGUAAAGAACUUGCUGUUCAAGGCCCGACGUUUCCAUAUGACUCUGUCUGCGCUUUCCUCUGUGAAUGCCUGCGGAUUGCCAGGCAAGAUGCCACUCUGUAUCGGUUGCAGAUUGAGGACAAGAUUUUGGCCUGGCUCGAGAAGACAUGGAGAAUGGUGGAGGGUUCGGCGAAUGGAUUCACGCAUGCCAAACUCGAGGGGCAGACUGUCGCUGAUGCGUUAGCCCUCUUUGCGGCUAUCUGUCAACUGCCAAAAGCGGUGCCCCUCAAUGUGCGAAUAUUACCGCCAGAUUGUCGGACAACGGAGAGGCUUCUCGAGGAGCGAAAAUAUAGCGCGGAACGCGAUUUUUUGCUUCACACAACAUUACCAAUACCAGGAGGGACCUUGGACGAGGAGAGUUCGACACAAGACGUGUCUAGGCAACCCCACGCUGAUGCAGGCUCCCAAGAUCCAAGCGAUUCGCCCGACGACUUAGUCUACGCCAACAUGCGCCAACGCAGCUGUUCAACGUUCCUUCAAAAUUCGCUCCAUCAUCUGCUAGAAGAAUGGUCUGCGCUCAAAGACCCUGUGUUGACGGCCACAGGAAAGCAGCUGCGCCGCAUGGCCGAUAUGGUGACACUUUCCUUAGCUUGGGAAGCACUGCUCACCCUCAAUGGAGUCCGAUUCACUCGAAAUGUCAUUCAGUCCGCAGCAUCAGUGCUGGAUGUAUUGGCUUCCGUCAUUAUAGCACGCGCUGAAGGCAAAUCAUUGAGAGGGCAGAAUCACGCUCUCCUUUUUCUGGGCUUAGAACCACUUGCUGGCACCGAAUCGUACUCAACCAACUUGAAAAAGGACGUUUUCUUACGACCCGGAUCGAAAUCCGGAAUCCGUCGAGAUGUUUUGAGAGGCAUCACUCGUCAAUGCGGCAAUCAGCAAGAAAAGCAAACGAAGGAGCGAAUGCGUCUACAAGGGACUAUCUGGCGUAUGGCCGAUUUACAGGACGCUUCCGGAAGCUUGCUCAAGGCGUUUCGGGCCUAUCUUUCCCAGGAAGUGGAUAGCACUAUCAACAGAACGGGUCCAAGUUUGGACGAUGGGUGGGCAAUUGGCCAACAUCUAGCUCGCCAACAAGCGCAAGCGAAUGCUGCGACAGCCUCGCACACUUUGGCACAAGAUGUAUGUGCGGAGAUAGGCCUUACGUUCCAUCUUCAACUCCCUGCAUUCCGCCUGCACUUGGCGUGCGCUGAUCUGGACAAAACAAUACUCGGCCUUGUCGUUUCAGACAUCGGGAAUGAAUCCUUCCUUCUCGCUCCCCAUAUAUUCCGAAGAAUCCAAUGCAAAGAACUACACAUUUCGGUCGAAGAUGCGAGCACUAUCCUUAAUGCCCUUCAUGAAGCGAGUUUUCGAUAUUCCUGUGUGCGCACCGAAUUGUUUUGGUUGUGUGUCACAGAAUAUUUGCUUUGUGGCCUGAGCCUAUGGGUGACGCAGACAGGACCCGACGUCGACACAUUCUUUGAGUUGGCUUGCACAUCCGUUCUAGCCUGUGGGAAAUACAACUUCCGUGUGCUCCCCCAUCCUGUGAUGCAAUGGCUGCACAGAUACAUCCAUUCAGAUGUCAUGGAAACCAAGUGGCCCCUGGAGAACGUAUCUGCUCGAUCUGCCCUGGAAGAUUUCGCCACCCAUGGGGAUUAUUGCCUUCGAUUUGGUCUCGGCCCUUUCCUGAGUAGCUUGUUCGAGCUACUUGGACACGAUGAUCAGCCAUUGGAUUAUUACAAUGCUAUAUUUGACAAAUUACCUGCGCAUACAACGCGGUAUGAAGAAAUGCUGUCGAGGUCGGUCAUUUUGGGCAACAUGAUGCUUCCCAGCUCCGAAGUCCGGAAAGGGCCGUACUGGGCAUUGAUAUCCACCUGCCUGCAAUUUGAGCAAUUCACGGAGCAUGUACAGAGCAUUUUUGUUCUCGUGUCUAGGGUCCUCGGUAUGACGUCUCUCACUGAUCUAUUCCGCCCGUAUGCUGGACAAUUCGCAUACACCGCCUCUAAGAUGAGUCAUCAAGGGGAUAAUAACGACAUAUACGAUCUCACCAAGUUAUCAAAGUUGUUCGGCUACUCGGAUCGACUUGCUCUAGCGUCUGAUUGUUUCCUGCUGAUGGGCCCGGUGUUUCUUGCCGUAGCAAAUGAAUCCGAUCCACCUGGCGGAUACUGUUUUCGUGCGCUGUGCACCUCAGCAAAGAUGGAACCGAAAGCAGCAAUGAAGGAAUGCCUUUCGAAGACUAUGGGUUUGAGAAUCGCCUUCUUAAUGAAUCACAACAUCACACUGGACGAUAUCUCCGCCGUUCCCAGUUCAGAGGACAUCAAUCUGCUGAAUGCGGGUCUCUUCGAGUAUGCACGGCACUGCGGCCUCAGCCAAGCGGAGACUGCUCGAUCGAUUUCAGCAGACACAGUGGAUAUUAUUCUCACCAUUGUCAGUCUGUUGGUGGACACCGAUUUCGACAGUGCUGAGGCGCCGUUCUAUCAGCUGCUGAACAACAUUGCAGACCUCGCUUCUGGUUUUGACGGGAGUCGAGGUCCUUCUAUGGAUUCAUCAAGUGCGCGCUCUGCAUUCCGGGCGUUCGUCAUCGAUAUCAAUCAGGACUACGCCAUGCAUCGACCAAUCCUGCCUGCUGUCAGCUCCCUCACCAUCUUAAGGUGCCUUCUUUGGCUGAAUGCCCAAUAUGGGGACGUGUUCUCGGCAGCAACUGCCUACCAUGUUGUGACAGAGCUGUUCACUUUGGCAACUCGCGCCUCACUGGUCAACGAGCAAGUACGCAUUUUACGCGCCAUAAUGGUGUAUGUCUCGCUCUGCACGUCAUGCUUUGCGCAUCAGUCCGUUCUACGAGCCUUGCUGAGGGGCGCAAGUGCCUUAAUCGACCAGCUUGAAAUUGGUCGAACGUCCCGCAAUUUUCUGAACUGGGGUCUGCGAAUCUUGCUUCAUGUAAGUCAACCUGAGGAAAUACUACCAGAAAUUCUAUUGCGCGUGGGUCACACCCUAGAACAUUCCGAGCUUCAAAACGAACCUUUCGCUAAGAAAUUCUUUCACGAGCUCGAGUCAUGGAUUGUGGCAUGGAUGUCAGAUCUGUAUACAAAAAAGGAAUUCCGAGACGCAGUGGUGCUCGCAGUGGUGCUGUGGCCGGCCCCUCGAGACGGGAUCUUCUCGUUCUGUGACGUUUCGAUCCUCAGUGUCCAUGAUGUGUUGUUCGAAAAACCGAACGUAGACGACAAAUUUCCACUCGUCGACUAUGUUUCCUCCGCGGCGGAGCCCAGCGAUCCAAGUUGUCCGACUCUAUCGGCGGCAGGGUUCUGGCAACUGAAAGCAUCUUUGCACAACGUGAAGAAACCUGGGAUCGAACAUUGCCAUGGACUGAGUGACCUCUUGCACUCAUAUGCCUGCCGACUGGAAGCCGUAGAGAUGGAAACAAGGCCGGCUCCUAUGGAGCUAUCCAGACAUUUGCGGGAGGUCGCAUCACAACGCAGAAGGCUCGGCGAAAUUCCAUCCAGCGUUUACCUAGUCAGGCGCCUUUGGGAGCUUCUAAUGGAUACACAUCCUGUGAGGAGAGCGACCGCCUAUACAACGCUACGGAGGAUAAUUCCAAUGCUUCCAAACGCCGUCAAGACACUAUAUCGUGGAGCACAAGAGGAAAUGGCCCUCAUCGAGGCCUAUCCGCUGAAGUCAUACGUACCAUCUCCACGAAUGAUCGAGGAAUUAUUAGACCCCGCAUGUAUCAGUUUGGCAGCUAGCUUCUCGGACUGGAUAUCGUUUCUUGCCGUGUUUCUGGCAGCUCUCCAUGCGCCCGUCGAUGCCAUAUGGGCUCAGGCUAUCCCCAUUUUGGAGAUGUAUCCGUCCUUCGCGGAACGAAUUCUAGCACCUCUGAUUCACGCAAUAUUACGGCAUGAAGCGCUCAUCGAGCCCAUAGAGCGAAGGACAAUCCGCGAAACACUUUCUGCCUACGUCAGAAGUGUGCUCGAGCAACGAACCACGGCGACACAGUGCACGAGCGCCAUUAUUGAUUCUAUCGUUUAUCUACGGAAUUUCGAGAUAGAUGAAAAGAUCGAUCCUCUAUCUCACGAUAAAUGGCUUGAUGUUGACUACCAUCAGUUGUCCCAACGUUCCUCGGCCGUUGGGGCGUACUCGACAGCCUUGAUGCUACAUGAAUUAUCGGUUGACCAUACCGAAAGUCACGAGCAGAGCUUCGAGGAAGAGGCCAUCUUAUAUGCUGUCUACAGCCAUAUAGAAGAACCUGACGGCUUUUACGCUAUCAAGGCCCAGAACGCACGGGAUUCGGUCAUACGAAGUGUUGAACAUGAAGGAAGAUGGGAUCUUGCCCUCGGUUACCACGGCUCUGCGAGUCAAAGUCGAACAUCAAAACUGAAACUUGGGUCCGACGACGCGACUCUUGGAAUUGUGAGAUCUCUCCAGUCUCUCGGCUUCGAUGCUUUAGCAUUGUCGUUUUUGGGAUCUUCCGAAGACCAAGGUGCCCCCCCAGAUUUGGUUUACGAUCUCGCCUGGCGAACAGCACAGUGGGAUCUGCCCAAUAUCACGUCCCCGUGUUCCGUAGCUAGCGCGUCUCUCUAUCAGGCACUCCGAGCCGUGCAUAGAGAACGGCGAUCGGACCAUGUGGAAACUAUUAUCAAUCAUGCAUUCGUUCAAGCGGUCGAACAGCUGAAGUUAAUUCCCGAUGAUGAUAUGGUAUCUCUCACGAAAACAUGUACGGCACUCAUAUGCCUGCGUGAAGUGUAUCGUUGGCAACAGCCUACGAUCCUGAGCUCCCUCAAAUCCGAAGCGGUUGGAAGCAGUGAGUGGGAAGAGUUCCUUCGGAUACCUGAAAAUAUGGAAUUCUCUGUCACUGAACGCUUGAUCGCGACACGGGUUUCCCUUCUACGAGCAAUUGACUCUGAAAACAAUACGGAUCAGAUUGGAGAUGUUCCGUCUGAUUUCUCUCGCAGACUGCACAACAUUGAGAGAGAUUGUUUGCUCAACUUGGCGAAAGCAGCUCGCGCUGUAGGAAAUGUCCAGGUUGCAUUAAAUUCUGUCACUCAGGCUCAAAACCUCGAUUCUUCAUGCUUAUCCCUGUCAGCAUCCAAGGAGUUUGCUUACGUUUUGUGGGAUCAGGGUGAGAAAAAGUCCGCAAUCGACGCCAUGUCGCGCCUGCUUCACGCCCAAUUGAGGCAGCAAAAGGAUAACGUGCGCUCUUCGGGUCCAGACUUAGCCACCAUCGCAUCUCUGCAAGCUCACUUGGGCUGGUGGACGGCCGAAGCGGGUCUUGAUGAAGGCAAAAACAUCAACGAUCAGUACUUUCAGCCUGCAAUCAAUCUGCUUCAGAAAGCGUCCGUGCCCGUCAGUGAAGAUCAUGCGACCGUUUUCUAUCACUACGCGUUGUUUGCAGAUGAUCAAUAUCGGACAAUCGGAACCCGGGAUAUCGGUCGCUAUGAGCUCUACAUCCGACGCAAACAGCAAGAACUGGGAUGGUUUGAGGCUCAAGGAUACGAUGCCGCUCUCCGUCGCGUUCAAGAGGCUCGUGCUGCAAAAGUGAAACCGAAGACGAACGACUAUAAUCUUGUCCAUAAGUAUCGGGCUCACAGGGAUCGCGCAUACACCCUACUCAAACGGGACGAGGCCCGUCAUGAAGAACUAAUUCUUGCUGGGAAUCUCUUCUUGCGGAAGGCCAUGGAAAUGUUUUCAAAAGUGCUACGCUUCUCGGACAAAUUCGAUGAGAGCGCAGCCGUUCGGCUACUCGCACGCUGGUUCAGUCAUUUCAAGGACGACAGCCUAAAUGAUUCCGUUUCCACUGAUCUUGAUCAAGUUCCCUCGCACAAAUUUGUGUUCCUGGUACAUCAACUAUCAGCACGAAUGGAGAGGACGCAUGUGCUCUCUAGUGGUCAGAGGAAUCUCCAAUCUCUCAUGUUGCGCAUCUGCAAAGAGCAUCCAUUUCACAGCUUAUAUCAGGUCUUUGCCCUAGGAGGUUUGAAGCGAUCGAGGUUAUCUACAGCUGUAUUAGACGAAGGAUCUCAACAAGGUCGUGCUGACGCCGCAGCAUUCAUCCACCAUACGCUCGCGGUCGACAAUGUCGCUGGGCGAAAGAUAAAGCACAUGUUCGAAGCUUGCGAUGCGUACCUUGAGUGGGCAAAUUAUCCGAUGAAGGCCCAAAAGCCGGAACAGAACAAGAAGCACGCCAUGCCAUCUCGCCUGCGUCUUCUUCGAUUGGUGAACUGCGAUGUACCUGUCGCCACAUCUCACACCCCGAUAGACAAAACCAUGCAAUAUAACGACAUAGUCACGAUUCGGAACUAUGAGCCGACUUUCAGGGUUGCCGGAGGGAACAACUGUCCCAAGAUUAACGAAUGUAAUGGGUCUGAUGGUCGUUCGUAUAAGCAACUAUUCAAGGGUGAAGGCGGUGAUGAUCUGCGUCAGGACGCUGUUAUGGAACAAGUAUUUGAAUUGGUCAAUCAUUUGCUGCAACAUGAUUUGCACACGCGAAAACGCCGGCUGCAGAUGAGGACAUACCGCGUCAUUCCCUUGGCGUCGCAAGCAGGCAUGCUCGAGUUCGUCGAGAGCACAAGCCCACUCGGUUCAUGGCUCCAAGUGGCACAUAGCAAAUAUUACAGAAACGAGUCGUCCACCGCCAAGAUACGAGAAAGAUUACCUCAGCCUGAAGCUCAAACACCACCUGAUCGCAAAUACAAAAUCUUCCAAGAUAUAUGCAAGCAUGUUCGUCCCGUCAUGCGACAUUACUUUACAGAAAAGAGAAAAGUGCCCGCGGCCUGGUUCGCGAUGCGGUUGCGAUAUGCACGAAGUGUCGCGGUAAGCUCCAUCGUCGGCCACAUCCUAGGUUUGGGAGAUCGGCAUCUUUCUAACAUCUUGAUCGAUAACAACACGGGAGAAGUGGUUCAUAUUGACCUAGGUAUUGCCUUUGACCAGGGAACUUUACUUCCAAUUCCGGAGACGGUACCGUUUCGCCUGACGCGCGACAUUGUUGACGGAUUAGGCACAUCUGGGACGGAUGGCGUAUUCCAACGUUGUGCCGAAAAUACGCUGCGAGUUUUGAGAGAACAGUCUGAUCAUAUCAAGACUGUUCUCGAAGUAUUCCGUUAUGACCCUCUUCAUUCAUGGACCGCAAGCCCAUUUCAGAUUGCAAAGGCGCAAGCCACGGAAGUUACUACCACUAGCAGUGGCCUCCCUCCGUCCACUGCUGGAAGCGAGUUCCCACCCCCCACAGCCCUGUCAAGCCGACCAACUGAAGCAGACGUCACUGAAGAACUCAAUAUGGAGAGCGAUAUGGCACAAGAAAACGCCGAUCGAGCUCUGAAAUCCGUUGCCGACAAGCUGGACAAGAGCCUGAGCGUCGAGUAUACCGUCAACAGAUUGAUAAAUGAAGCACGAGAUCCAUGGAAUCUUUCACAAAUCUAUUCAGGUGAAUAA